AUGGAUGACAGAGUCAAUGCGAUGAGUAUGCCUCAGGCGGUUGUGACACGAAUCUUAAAAGAGGAAAAUAUCAAUGUGUCAAAGGAAUCUCGCGAAACAAUUAGUCGCGCGGCUGCUGUAUUCCUCAUCAGUUUAUCGGGUCUCGCUUAUCAAAGUGCGAAGGAUCAUAAGCAUAAAACAAUCGGGUCCGAUGAUGUUCUGCGAGCUCUCAAAACAUUCGAGAAUAACACAAUGUAUAAUCAGUGCAAGCAGGCUGUGGAUGAAUGGAAAAUACUGAAACAGCAGCGAAAUUUGGUUAGAAGAGAGCAGGACACUAAUCAAAUGAAUGAGUAUGCAGAUACGGAUAUCGUCGAAGAUACGGCCGAAGAAGAUGAUUUUGUUGAGGAAUCGAUGGAAGAAAAUGGCGUUUAA